AUGGCUGCGGCCGCUGUCUUGGCUUUCCCCGAAAGCCCGAGAGGAAGCGCAUUCACUUCUUCUCUGACCCCAACGACUCAGACCACUGGGUGGGAUGAUAUAUCCUUGCGCCGACAACUACACAUUAUUUCUCGUGCCUGGAUAAUUGACAGGCAUUCGAACCAUAACACAUUAUACACUGGCGCAUCCAAAGAACGGCACCUAAUACUUCCCGACCUUUCGCCUUCUUGGCGUCGCAGAUUACGACAUCUAUACGAAGAAAAAGAAGUAGAUGCGGAUGCAACUGUUGCAGCUUGCGCCGACCAUCACACUUACGCCACUCGCCAGCAACCGCCCACGCCAGAUGUCGGCUUACUGUCGCCAUCAUCAGACUCCCCUCCGCACAAAGGCACUUCUCCCGACGAUUUGUUCGCUGAUCCGUCACGUCCCACUUCAGCGAUCGACUUUGAAUACCUAGACAACGUCAUUCAAGCCGCAAAGAAGAAGAAGAAAGGCGGUAUUAACAACAACAACAACAACAACAACAACAACAACAACUUCAACUGGGGCGAUGAACCCAAGAAAGAGGACGAUAAUGCCAAUGGUGACAAUGGCGGCAUCAACGGCGGCGACGCAGGCGGCGAUGCUGGUGCUGGUGCUGGCGGUGAAGGCGACGGCAACGACAAAAAGGACGAUCAGGACGACAAGGAAAACAAAGGCGACGGCGAUCCUGUCGACGACUGGGCAGAAGUCUCUGCACCCAAGUCUAAGAAGAAGAAGAAGAAGGGCGCCGACGCCGAAGCAGACGACGCCCCCAAGAUCCCAGACGCUGACUUUGGCGGAGAUGCCUUCCACGAGAUAAAGCUUGGCGACGAUGGCGGGAAACUUGAUGUCGAUUUUGGCGCUUCGGACACUAAGAAUACGUUCGGCUCUUGGGGUACCAAAUGGAACACUGGCGGCAGCUCCUGGGACUGGGCUGGGACCAAUGGGGCCGCCGCCGAAGAAAAGAAAGAGGAGAUCGACACAAAUCCAUGGGGUACUGCCAAGAAUUCAAAAAAGAAGGCGGGCACCUCCUUCUCCUUUGGUGCCUUGGAUGAAGCGGAAGAAGAUAAGGCUGCCAACGUGUCACCCGUGAAAGAGGAGGAUGACUUUGGCUUUACUUCAGUCGGCAAAAAGGAGAAGAAGAAGAAGGCAACUAACGCAUUGGGUAUGAGUACUGCUGAGGAGACAAAAGACACCAAAGCGAAGGAGGCUGACGCUGAUCCUUGGGGCUGGAGUACAACUACAACCAAGAAAAAGAGCAAGGAGGGCGGAGCAGAACCGGAUCCUGCCGCUGCCGCUUCUGCGGCUGACGAUUGGAUGAUGCCAGCUUCUAAGAAGGAUAAGAAAAAGAAGAAGGGUGUUAUCGAGGUCGUCGAGCCUGAGCCCGCGCCAGAGCCGACGCCAGAACCUGAGCCGGAGAAGAAAGACGACACCGCCUGGGAUACUUGGGGCUUGGGCAAGAAAGACAAGAAGAAGAAGAAGAAUGCCUUGGAGGAGUUAGUGGAGCCAGAUCCAGCCACAGCAACCGAGCCCGCCGACGAUUUCUGGGGCUCCAUAUCUAAGAAGGAUAAGAAGGAAGCCGAACAAGAGGUUACCAAGGACCCAGAGCCCGAACCCAAACCGGAAAAGAAGGAUGACGACCCUUGGGGCUUUGCCGUGGGGAAAAAGGACAAGAAGAAGAAGAAAAAGGCUGCCCUUUUUGACGACCCGGAGCCGGCGCCACUUCCACCGGCUGAAAACACCAAGAAGGCCGAUGAUGACAACGACUUCUGGACCAGCAUUGGCAGCAAGAACGACAUGAAGGAGCCGGAUCCCGAACUGGAAAAGAAGGCAGAAAGCGAUCCCUGGGCUACCAUUGGUACCUCCAAGAAAGAUAAAAAGAAGAAGAAGACCGAUCCGGAGCCGGAGCCGGAGCCGGAGCCGGAGCCUGUUGUUCCCGAGCCAGACCCGGAACCAGUUCAAGAAAACAAGGACGACGAGGAUAUCUGGGGCCUGAGCACUUCAAAAAAGGAUAAGAAGAAGAAGAAGGGCGACUUGAUUGACCUCGGCGAAGCAGACAAAAAAACGGAGGCUAAGGACGACGAUGACUUCUUCAGCUCGUUUGGCACCGGCAAAAAAGGCAAGAAAAAGGAUAAGUCAAUCGAUUUACUUGAUACUACUGGUGAGACAGAUAAACCCAAAGACGUGCAGGAGGUGACUACGGUUAGUGGGGCCGUUGACGAUGACACCUUAGCCUGGACGUCGACGAACAAGGACCCCAUGACUGAUCCGCCUCCUCCUGUGUCAACCCCCCCCAAACUGGACAUUACUGAGCCUAAGGAUGAACAAGCAGAAACCGACUCGAAAGCAAAACCCAAGGAUGAACCGAAGCUAAGCGCAAAGGAACUCAAGAAGCUGGAAAAGGAAAAGAAGAAGGCCGAAAAGGAAAAAGCUGAGCAGGAAGCCCGCGAAGCCGAGGAAGCCGCCAAAGCCGCCGAGGAAGCUGCGGCGGCCGCCAAGGAAGCCGAAGAACAAGCCGCCCGCGAAGCCGAAGAACAAGCCGCCCGCGAAGCCGAGGAAGCCGCUGAGGUAAAGAUACGACUGGAAGAGGAGGAGAAGGCACAGAUUCUCCAAGAGGAAGAAGAGCUGGCAGCCUUGACCGCGAAAAAGGCCAAAAGGGGGGGCAAACUUUUGAAGAAGGACACCGAAAAGUUUACUCUUCUUAUAGAAAAGGCCGCGAAGCGCGCUGAGGCAGCCAAGGAGGCUGAAAAUCUAGCUGCUAAAGAGGCUGAAGAGCUAGCCGCUAAAGAGGCUGAAGAACUAGCUGCUAAGGAAGCCGAGGAGCAGGCUGCCCGCGAGGCCGAGGAAGCUGCCAAGAAAUCUAAGAAGAGCUCUAAAGCCAAGGAGAAAGAGAAGGAGAAAGAAAAGGAAAGAGAAAAAGAAAGAGAACGGGAGCGAGAAAGAGAAGAGGCAGAGACGCGAGAGAAAGAAGAAAAGAAGCGGGAGAAGGAAGAGAGGAAGAGAGAAAAGGAGCGCAGGGAGGAGGAGGAGCGAGAAAGAGAAGAGGCAGAGAAACGAGAGAAAGAAGAAAAGAAGCGGGAGAAGGAAGAGAAGAAGAGAGAAAAGGAGCGCAAGGAGGAGGAGGAGCGAGAAAAAGAGAGGGAGAGGGAGAGGGAGAGAGAGGAAAAGGAAAAGAAAGAAAAGGAGGAGAAGAAGAGAGAAAAAGAGGAGAGGAAGAAGGAAAAAGAGAGAGGGAGGGAAGAGGCGGAGAGAAUAGAGAGGGAGGAGAAGGAGCGAGCAAAGGAGAGAGAAAAGGAAGAGAAGAAGAAGGAAAAGGAGAAGAAGAAGAAGUCUAAGGAUGCUGGUUCUGAAACUCCAUUACUUUCUGAAGAGCUCAACCCGGAUGAGAUUGAGGAGCUUCUCUCUCCGCGCAAGGAUAAGCCGACGACCGACGCAUUCGACUUUUGGGGGGUGAGCUCGUCGAAAAAGUCCAAAAAAGCUCUGGAAGAUGCUAUUGAGGCCAUCGAUGCGACGCCCCUUUCCAAGGCAAAUGAGGCCUCCUCGAUGAAGCGCAAGCCUGUCGGGGGCAAAAUUGCCGAUAAGCUCAAGUCUUUUGAGGCUGCCAGGGAGGAAGAGGCGAUCGUGGUGCCUCCGCCUCCUCCCCCGUCUCCACCAAGGGACGAGGAGAAGAAAGAGAAGAAGAAGAAGUCCAAGGUAGUCGAAGUCGUCGAGCCCCCGGCUUCCUUGUCCAAGAAGAGCCGCAAGGAAACUGGGCUUCCUGGAAGCUUCCCCAUCGAUGACGAGGAUCUGGAGUUUGCUACUGCUGACACGAGCCCCAAAGACAAGAAGAAGAGCAAGAAGAGCAGAUUAAAGACUUAUGACGAGGUCCCUCCGCCGCCGCCGCCUGUCCCCGACGCACCGCUGACCCCGCCGCCCGAAAGAUCUUCCAAGAAAGACCGCCCCAAGAUCAACCGCGACGGUGCGUCGUCUUGGGGAGCAUGGGGCACCUCGAGCUUUCGUAAGGAUGAACGCAAGGAGGAGCGCACAAGAGACGAGCGCAAAGAAGAACGCCGAUCAUCCAAGUCCAAGGCUGAAAGGUCGUCGAAGCGGUCUAGCGACAAGUCUCCCUCAAAGGGCUCUGGGUCGGACAAGGGCGACGAGAAGACGUCCAAAACGCCGUCGAGGUCGCGCGGCUCCGCUGCUGCCAGCACGCCUCCCAUCUCGCGAUCGAUGUCUACACGCGACAGAAAGACGAGCACUAGCCAUUCCUCACGCCGACAUUCCAUUGGUGCUCAUGGCCUUGCCUCGCCACCGCCAGAGGAGACGCCUGACAAGGCGGCCAAAAUUCUCGGCAUUGGCAAAUCUUCGAGCAAGAAAAGGUCGAGCCGCGCUGACCCGGACGUCGUUAUGAGUGGCGCUCUGGAUGCUGACGCAGCGAGGGCAGAACGCCGCCGCAGUAGAAAGAUCAUCCAGGAUGAGGACAUUGUCAUGGUUGACGCUGGUGGUCCCUCGGAAACGCCUCUGAAGCGCGGUGCUUCCGUUGCUAAGAAAUCGGGCUUUUCUGGUCUCUUUAGUGGUUUUAUGUCGAAGGGCAAGGCUGAAGUCACCGAUGACGGCGAGGCCAUGGAGACUGAUCGAGAUGCUCGUCGUAAAAGUAGGCGGGGGACGCCUAGUGACGAGUCGAAGGAUGGCUCGCGCCGCGAUAAAACGCGCCGUCGCGAAGAAGAGAGCAAGGCAGAUGACAAAGAGGCGCGACGUGCUGAGCGCCGUGCCCGCAAGCGUGAGGAGGAAGAGCGCCGCGAACUUGAUGAGCGCGAAGCCCGCCGACUCGAACGCCGACGCCAGCGCAAGGAGAAGGAAGCUGCAGCGAUAACGGCGGAGAGGGAGAACCGGGAUACCGAACGCGACGCCAAACGCCGCAGGUCCCGUCCGGCUGACGGCACCGAGGAUGAGGCGGAGCGCCGACGCCGCCGGGAGGCUCGUCGCGAGGCUCGCGCAGCGGCCGAAGAUGGCGGCAAGCAUAGGAGCAGCCGUCGGCACCCUAGCGACGACGAGCAAGUCUACCCGCAUAAGGACCGUCGGCGCGAGCGCGAGCGCGACAAGGACAAGAAUGGCGCAAACUGGCCCCAUUCGGGCACGUCUUCGUGGGUGAAGGAUCAUUCUGACGCACCUCCGCCGCCGGACGGCGAUGAUGCGGAUGAUGACCAAGCCCGGCGUGAGCGACGCGCUCGCCGUCGCGCCCGGGCGACUGGUGAAGCUACUGCCGACGAAGCCGACGACGAGAGACGCCGGCGCAGAAGGGAGGAACGCCACCGCGAUCGGCGCGUGCCCCCGUCAGAUGCAAGCGAAGAACGCCAGACAAGUCGUCGCAACUCGGCGUUUGUCGAGCCGCCAGUGCGGACGAGCUGGUGGAGGAAAAUUACUGGGUAA